CCACGCCAUGGACUUGUUCCAAGGAUCAAGUGAGGUAUUGUGCCAGCACUUAGCAUGCGCUCAAUACACGUUAGUUGUUAAUUUACUAUAAUUUGUAUUAACCUGGGGAGGAAGGGAAAGGCAACCCCAAUAUUUAGAUGGGGGAACCAAGAGGAAGGAAAUAGCAUCCACCAGGCCACAACAGGGGAUCACAGCCCGAAGGCUAUUGGGGUACAUCCCACUUUCCAGAUGGGGAAACUGAGGCCUAGAACCUGAGAAGGGACUCAGCCAAGAUCCCAAUUUCUUGCUUUCUGACUGGGUUGAAGCCUGCGUGUCCACUUUCUUGCUUUGGGACUGUGGGCACGUUGCUUCCCCUUGCCAAGAGGCUCAGUGUCCUUAUCUGGGAAAUGAGGGUAAUAAAUAAAUGUGUCCACCUCGGUGGGGUUGUGGUGAGGGCUGUGCAUGAUCGUCUACAUCAGCAAUUAGUCCAAGUCCUGGCCUGGAGGCAGCACUCAACAAACAGCUGCAAGGAAAAAGUUCCUGCCCCCUUCUAAGACUCAGUUUUCUUGUCUGUGCAAUGGGUCUGUGCAUAUUGUUGGGGAGACAGUUGUAUCACAUCCCACCAGUGUGGCUCUUCAAUCUUUAGCAGCCACUCUAGGCAGGGGGCAGGGCCGGGAAGGGAAGGUAGGGGUUCCUGUAUGGCCUGGGUGGGUGUGGCUGUACCCUGUAGACUUUGUCCCUGAGCUGUGCCGAGUCUCCAAGGUUGGGCCUGGUUAGGAGGCUGAACCAGGCUCCACCAAGCCUUGUGGGUGCCGUGUGGCUGCCAGCACGUGGGUGCUACCAUGUCACCUGGUCCACCUGCCUCCUCGGCUGUGUGCCCAGGACAAUGGCUUCUCUCUCUGAGCCCUGGUUCCCUCACCUAUGUAUGGGCAGGAGACUUUUCCUUCUAGGGCUGUUGACAAGCUCAUUUUUCCCAAAUGCCCGCCCAUGCCUGGUUUAUAGAAAGCGUCUAGUUCUCUAUGGGAUCUGUUUUAAAAAAAAAGAAAGCAAAAAAAAAAAAAGGCAGUGUCACGGUUAACUGUCAACGGUCACGGCUGUCAGGAUGGGCAGGGUGCCGACUGGCAGGAAGGGGGCGGCAUCUCAGCCAGAGGACCCACGUGAGCAGAGGCUUGGAGGUGGGACAGUUUAGGGCGCACCCCAUACCUAGGUGGGUCAAGUGGGAGAGGCGCCGACCCCCUGGGUUUGGACAGGCCCUGAGGGAAGUGGCAGGUGUCAGCACGCUGACUGCGCGAGGAUGGUGACGCUGACGCCCUGCCCUCCAAACUUCAGAUUUCCUUUUGAAGCCUCGGGAGCAGCCGCCUGGCCUCCCCACCCCCACCCCUGCCAGGUGUUCCCGAAGGCCCCGGAACCAGAUGAGCCAUAGUUCUAUUUGGGGACAAUUCUGCUGUUCCCGUUUCUCUCCUGUGCCCUAGUUUUAGAAACUACGUGGGUUUGGUUACCAGUUGGCCACUUGCAGAGAGCUCCCCCCUCCGCCCACUCUGCCCACACCUUAGAUCUGUGGCCGUCGUGGCAAAGUGGGACCCGGUGUUGCCACUGGGAGUUGCCCCCGGGCGCCGCACCUGAGCUCCCCGGCAGGGACUUGGCAGCGGGACUCUCAGUUACCCACUGGUGAUAUCUGGGCCUUGUGAUGAGUGCUGAGGACCCCAGGAAUGUACUCUGGGGGCGGCUUGUGCUCUGAGGAAGCCAGACAAAGGCCCCGAUCCUUUCCCUACCACAGGGUGGGAGCCACGAGCAUGGUGGCAGCCCUGCGUGGGGCCGUGAGAGCUUCCCGGAGGAGGUGCUGCCUGGCCUGGGUCUUGAAGGGUGGACAGGAGCUCAUGAGAAAAAAAGAAGGGUGAGGGCGGGCCAGGAAGAGGGACCCGUGUGCAAAGGCUGGAGGUGGGGAGUAGCUUGGCAUGCGUGCGUGUGGCUCGGGAGGUGGGAGCAGCAGGUCGUGUACAAGGCGGUUAGAAGGUGACUUGGUUGAUCAGGCAGGGCCUCAGCCCUCACCGCGGCGCUCAGGCUCUGGCCUGGGGCUGACGGGAGCAGGGUGCUUGUGGUUGGCCUUCUGCUGUGGGUGUGGAGGGAGGACAAAAAGAAGGAUGAGACCCAGCACAGCUGCUCGACGACUGUUGCCGAGUGGAGGCAGCCCACAGAGGCUGGGGCUGGAGACAGGGAUCCAAACCCCCUACCUGGGGCAGAAGAGCAGAACACAAGGCGCAGAAAAGUGAAGUGACUGGUCCCGCUAUGAGAGCCAGAGCCAGAACUUGAAACCAGAUGAGGACGCCGAGGCCCAGAGAGGGAAAGUGACUUGCCUAGGGACACACAGCAGGGAGAGGUGGAGCUGGGCCUCUAGUCUGAAACCCCUGACUCCACACCUGGUGUUCGAGCCAAGACCCCAGGCUGCUUCCCAGAUCCUCUGGGGCGGCCCCUGCCUUCACCAGCCAGGAUCAUGGGCAGCAACAAGAGCAAGCCCAAGGAUGCCAGCCAGCGGCGCCGCAGCCUGGAGCCCGCCGAGAGCGCGCACGCCGUCGGCGGGGGCGCCUUCCCCACCUCGCAGACGCCCAGCAAGCCAGCCUCGGCGGACGGCCACCGCGGCCCCAGCGUGGCCUUCGCGCCCGCCGCCGAGCCCAAGCUCUUCGGAGGCUUCAACUCCUCGGACACCGUCACCUCCCCGCAGAGGGCGGGGCCGCUGGCCGGUGGAGUGACCACCUUUGUGGCUCUCUAUGACUACGAGUCACGGACAGAGACGGACCUGUCCUUCAAGAAAGGGGAACGGCUCCAGAUUGUCAACAACACGAGGAAGGUGGAUGUCAGCCAGACCUGGUUCACAUUCAGAUGGCUGCAAAGAGAGGGAGACUGGUGGCUGGCCCACUCGCUCAGCACGGGACAGACGGGCUACAUCCCCAGCAACUACGUGGCGCCCUCGGACUCCAUCCAGGCCGAGGAGUGGUACUUUGGCAAGAUCACCAGACGAGAGUCAGAGCGGUUACUGCUCAACACCGAGAACCCGAGAGGGACCUUCUUAGUUCGAGAGAGCGAGACCACAAAAGGUGCCUACUGCCUGUCCGUGUCCGACUUCGACAACGCCAAGGGCCUCAACGUGAAGCACUACAAGAUCCGCAAGCUGGACAAUGGCGGCUUCUACAUCACGUCCCGCACCCAGUUCAACAGCCUGCAGCAGCUGGUGGCCUACUACUCCAAACACGCCGACGGCCUGUGCCACCGCCUCACCACCGUGUGCCCCACGUCCAAGCCGCAGACUCAGGGCCUGGCCAAGGACGCCUGGGAGAUCCCUCGGGAGUCGCUGCGGCUCGAGGUCAAGCUGGGCCAGGGCUGCUUUGGAGAGGUGUGGAUGGGGACCUGGAACGGCACCACCCGGGUGGCCAUCAAAACCUUGAAGCCGGGCACGAUGUCUCCAGAGGCCUUCCUGCAGGAGGCCCAGGUCAUGAAGAAACUGAGGCACGAGAAGCUGGUGCAGCUGUAUGCGGUGGUGUCUGAGGAGCCCAUCUACAUCGUCACGGAGUACAUGAGCAAGGGGAGUUUGCUGGAUUUUCUCAAGGGGGAGACGGGCAAAUACCUGCGGCUGCCUCAGCUGGUGGAUAUGGCUGCUCAGAUCGCCUCGGGCAUGGCGUACGUGGAGCGCAUGAACUACGUCCACCGGGACCUGCGCGCCGCCAACAUCCUGGUUGGAGAGAACCUGGUGUGCAAAGUGGCUGACUUCGGGCUGGCGCGGCUCAUCGAAGACAACGAGUACACAGCCCGGCAAGGUGCCAAAUUCCCCAUCAAAUGGACGGCUCCAGAAGCCGCCCUCUACGGCCGGUUCACCAUCAAGUCGGAUGUGUGGUCCUUUGGGAUCCUGCUGACGGAGCUCACCACGAAGGGACGGGUGCCCUACCCUGGGAUGGUGAACCGCGAGGUGCUGGACCAGGUAGAGCGGGGCUACCGGAUGCCCUGCCCGCCCGAGUGUCCCGAGUCCCUGCACGACCUCAUGUGCCAGUGCUGGCGGAAGGAGCCGGAGGAGCGGCCCACCUUCGAGUACCUGCAGGCCUUCCUGGAGGACUACUUCACGUCCACCGAGCCCCAGUACCAGCCCGGAGAGAACCUCUAGGAGCAGGCAGGGCCAGACGGGCUUCUCCGCUUGGAUCCUGGUCUGGGGCGCCCUUUGCACGGGUCUUGCCUCCAGCUGCCUGCCCUCUCUCCGGGGGGCUGAAUUGCCAGGGGCCAGGCCCGCCCCUCUUUUGUGGCAUGGAAGGGCUUUGGGACCUGCGGGAGCCUGUGAGGGCAGGACUCAAGGAGGGCACAGUGACUCUGUCCCUGCUCCUGCUGUAGCCACACGCCCCCUCCCUGCACUCCCUCCCUGAGCUGGCCGGUCUCUGGUCUCUGGAGGAGGAACUGGGCUGGGCUGGGCAGGGCUGGGGCUCCCUGUUUCCCGCUCCAGUCUACUCCAUUCAUCAGCUCCUUCCCUACUUCCCACGGCCCUGCCCUGCGUCUGUCUCAAGAGCUGGCCAAAGAGCCUUUCCAAAGAGGAGCAAUGGGCCCCCAGCCCUCGGCCUGCCUGCCACCCUGCCCCUCACCAUCCACUUCAGAAACAUCUGUAGGUGGAGGCCACCAAGGCCAGGACCUUCUGCCGUCACUCCCAGGCCGGGUGGCCUGAGGCCCAGCUCGACGUAAUGCUGGGGGGGAUGAGUACCCCUCAGACCCUGCCCUUCUUAGAUGUGAGGGACCCUUAGAGACCAUCCAUUGCUUGCUCCCAUUUUACCCAUGGGGAAACUGAGUCCAGAGAGGGGAUGUGACUUGCCAAGGCCACAAAAAAGUUCAGGGUUGAGGUGGGAUCAGAACCUGGUGCUCCUUCUGUCUUCCUCAGGAACCAAUGAGAAUCGUCCUCUGAGGCAUCACGGACAGACGGGGGCAGCCAGGGGCCAGGGGACUGAGGAUGGGUUAGACACAGCAGAGCUCUGCAGCUGCUGUCCACUCGGCUGGGCUGUCAUGGGGGAGGAGAACAGAGGCAGAUGUGAGGCUGAGCUGGGAACGGGGGAGGGGCAGUUGUGGAGAGGCAGGCUUCAAUCAGAAUGUGGCUGGCUUUUGACCUUCAGCCAGCUAUGAAAGACUGAGCUCCCCGUCUCUGGAGGCAAUCAAGCAGAAAUGGAAGAGCCAAGAGGCUGGGAGGCCCUGACCCUGAUCUCAGGAGGGAACCCCAGGUCCUCCUUCCCCCAGUUUGUCCUGUGGCAUUUUAAUGCCUGGCCUCUGCCCUCCAGCCUGAGUUGGCACCCCUUCACUCAUGAGAUGGGAAAGGAGUGCCUGGGCUGGGGUGAAAAAGGAUGAGGUGCCCACUACCAUGCACCAGGACUGGCUGCGUGACCUUGGGUAGCCCCUGCUUUUUCUCUGGGCUGUAGUGUCUGCCCCAUGUGUGACCAUGGCCUCUGCAACUGCUCAGCUCCUGUCCCGUCCAGACUGGCAGGACAUCCUUGGGGAGCCCAGCCCUGGGACAUCAGGAGGUUGUUUAGGCCCUGGCUCUGCUGUUCAGCCUUAGGGUGUGUGGUGGCUUCUCCCUGGGCCUCAGUGUGCCCAUCUGUAAAAGGACAGCUGACAAAUUUGUGGCAUCUUGCCAAGGGUCCCCGUGUGUGUGUGUGUGUGUGUGUGUGUGUGUGUGUAUGUGAGUGCAUGUGUGUGUGUCUCCAUGUGUGUCCAUAUUUAACAUGUAAAAACGCCCCUGCUCUGUCCCUCAGACACUUUGUACAUUUCACCCAUGGUACCCCAUCAUAGCAAUAACAUUCCUGCUGCCCGGGGUUCUUGAGCCAGCCAGGCCCUGCCAGCGGGGAAGGAGGCCAAGCAGUGCCUGCCGAUGAAAUUUCAACUCUUCCUCUCAUACAUGUUGAUCACCCAAGUCUCCUCCCGUCCAUCGCGGUCACAUCUGGGCUCACUCACCUCGAUGUGCUCUCAAAUCCCCCCAAAACUGCCUAAGGCCCUUUGUAUAGGUGUCCUGAUACUGUCCUUUUUUAAAAAAAAAAAAACAAAAAACAGUGUUUUGUAGAUUUCAGAUGACUAUGCAGAGGCCUGGGAAACCCCUGGCUCUGGGCAGGGCCUGGUGGUCCCAAAUUCUGUGGCCCAGGCUUGGGGGGAGGAAGGGGGGAUCCAGAAUUGGUUGUAAAUACUUUGCAUACUGUCUGAUUAAACACAAACAGACCUCAGA